CUCCGCUCCUUUUAUUAGAGGACUGUCAAUUUUAAGCUCCUGAACAGAGGUCUGCUGCAUUUGGGAGCCAUUUCUGGGGGGCCUCUUUCUUCCACCUGCCUGCCUCCUCUGCCUUGGGGCCGGCCUCUUUCUCUCUUUCUCUCUCCUCUCCGCAGGAGGAGGGAGAAGAGAAGAAGGCAUCGUUGUCGUCGCCGUCCGGUCAGCUCCUCUCCGGGCGUAUGGCCAAACGCCCCACCGUGCCCAAGUUCGGCACCUGGGACAGCGACAAUGUCGGGUACACGAUCUACUUCGACAAGGUGCGCGAGAACAAGAGCGCCACCGCGCCGCCUCUGCAGCGACCGUACAACCCCAACGACCCCGAGGAGAACCCCAUGAUGAGCGUCCCCCCGUCGUUGUCGAGGCCGGCGACCUCGGGCGGCCACCGCGAGCCACCGCCGAGGCCGCCGAACGGACAGAGCCACCGGCGAGUUGGGAGCAACAGCAGCGCGGCGUCCGACCCAGGCGGCAUGGGCGCCGAGCAGAGCAAGUUCGCGCCUCCGCCGCAAUACCACCAGCGUCCGGGCCCCCAGCCCCCACAACACCAUGGCGGGCACCACCACCACCCUCCCCCGGCCGGGCACGGGAGCGGCGGCCACCGCGCGCAGCAGGCACUGAGGCAGCAGCAGCACCACCACCACGCGGCACCGGCGCCGCGGGCGCGGUCCGCCUCGCCGCAGAACAACGCGCCGAAUCGGCAGAGGCCGUCGGCCGUGCCCAAGUUCGGCGUGUGGGACGAGCAGAGCGCCGCGUCGGCCGCGCAGGGUUUCACGGUGCAGUUCGAGAACGUGAAGAGGCACCGUGACGUGGCCAGGGCCGCGGUGCCGGAGGUGCCGCGCGCGCCGUCGCCGCCGGAGGGCGCCGCGGCAAGGCGCUCUCAUCGGGACACCCCCUUCCUGUCAAAGCUGUUUGGAUGUUUCCACCCCACCGUCAGGGACUGAGAACGAUGUAUCUGAAUAUGCGACCUUGGCAACAACAUCGAGCAGGAGCUGUAUCUUCCACAUUCCGUUCCAUAUGAUUCAUUGCUUUAUAAAGCUAGUGUAUUCUUUUCAUUCAUUCAAUUGCUUUUGUAACCAAGGUGGGAGAAAAGAACAGGUUGAGUGGGGAGAGAUUCCAUUACUAUUCUGAUUUGUUUCUACACAUGCUAUGAUGUGCAUAUUAUUCUAUCGUUCCUCGAUGUGUUGACAUCGUGUUUGUGCAGAA